AUGCCUUCUAUCGCCGUCAUAGCGGUGGGCCUUCUCGCCGCCUACUGCGCGACCUUUGUCUACAAAUUCGUCCGCAACUACAUCAACGCGCGCAAGACCGGACUGCCUAUGAUCUUCGUGCCAUGGGAUCAGAACUCCUUCUUCUGGAUGGCCUUCUCGGUCCCGCUUCGACCUCACCUGCAGAAAUGGCUUCCCAAGUGGAUCAUGACCGAGAUGGUUACUUCAGACCCAGAAAUAGCGCAUGAGAUCCUUCGACGACCGCGGGACUUCGUGCAACAUUCGCUCAUGGAUCUCUUCAUGGCCCGCUUCGGUCGGAAUGUAUUGACUACAAACGGAGACCACUGGGCCAGACAGCGUCGAAUCGUUGCGAGCGCCAUCAACGAGCGCAUAUCGAAAGCAGUCUUCAACGAAAGUGUGAAGCAGACCGACGAACUCCUGAGUGUCGUUUACCGCGGCGCAAAGGAUAAGGCCGCCGAGACCAAUGGGAUAUUCGACAUGAUCAAGAAAGUCACCAUACAUGUUCUGAACGGUGCGGGCAUGGGCGAGAGCGUGCCUUUCGAAAAUGAUGCCAGCCUGAAGCCGAAGCCUGGCUACGAGCUCAGCUACAUCGAAGCAGUCAAGGCCAUCAUCUACAAUGUCGCGGGCCCUAUAAUCCUGCCGGAAUGGUUUCUGUCGAAUUACCCCAAGUUUCUACCCGGUCACCUGAACCUCAAGACUCUGGGUCAUGCGAUCCACGAGUUUCCAUCUCUUACCAACGAUAUGCUCGACCAAGAACGUCACCGUGCCGCUAACUCCAAGACGGGCGAAUCGAGGAGCAACAUCAUGAGCCAACUGCUGCAGGCCUCUGAAAGCGAGGGCCGCGCAGAAGGCAAAAAGGUCUUGUCUGACGAGGAGAUGACGGGUAACCUCUUCAUAUUCACCGCAGCAGGCUUCGACACGACUGCCAACACCCUCUCCUACGCCGUUGCUCUUCUCGCCAGGUAUCCAGAAUGGCAAGACUGGCUACUCGAGGAGAUUGAUCAGAUCCUCCCAGCGGACGCCACGAACCAGGAGCUUGACUACGCUGCAGUAUUCCCCAAAGCUACGCGGGUCGUCGCCUUUAUGUUUGAGACGUUGCGCUUGUUCACGCCACUCGUCCAUAUCGCUAAGCAGACCGGAGCGACCCCGCAGGUGAUCAAGACGUCUAAAGGCACGUAUACGAUCCCUGCUUAUACCACGACCUACAUCAAUUGCGUCGCGCUGCAUCUCAAUGCCGAUAUUUGGCGGAACAUCAACUUGGAGGAUACAGAUUCCGCGAGCCAUGACGACGAGCUUCGCUUCAGGCCCACGCGCUGGCUCAACCCCUCCGGAAGUUCGCAAAUGCACUUUCAGCCGCCGAAGGGAGCGUAUCUGCCAUGGUCAGCUGGACCACGCGUGUGCCCAGGCCAAAAGAUGGCCCAAGUAGAGUUUACUGCCGUGAUAUUGAUACUGCUUCGGCGGAGCCGUGCGGAAGCAGUCCCUCUUCCUGGCGAGGACACCGCGCAAGUGAAGCACAGACUCGACGCGCGGAUGAAGAACAGCGUCAGCAUACUCACGCUACAAAUGGACGGCGUCUACGAUGCCACGUCGGAAGACAAAGGCCUCAAGCUGCGACUUGCGAGGCGGAAGUAG